AUGGAACAGGAACCGGUUCACAACGUGGAUGUGCCCGAGGAUCGCUUGCCUCUUGACGACGACGAAGCAGACGCAGCGACCACUCUUGAGUUGUCCCCCGGUCACCUGUACGAAGCUGAGUCACCCGAGUCCGACUCGGUGUAUGAUUCGGACGCGUACCAUAGCACAAGCAUGUCCUCGCACGCUGGUGGCCCCAGCCAAUCUCCAGUCGUCCUCAGUUUGACGGAGCCGACAUGCCCCAUUCAGCUUCCUCCGGUCAUCAACUCGCGCCCUGACCGACACCUAAUCGCAGUGUACCGCAAAGCGGUACGACGCGAUAUCUUGGCCCAGCUCCCGUCCGUCGCCGUAGGCCAGGCGCUGAUUCAGUUUGACAUGGAUAAUGUGGCUUGGAUGCACUGCUGCUAUCAUGGGCCCACCUUCAAACGGGAGACCGACCUGUUCUGGGCCGCACUCGGUUCAGACGACGUGGAGAUCAACUGGAGCUUUCUGGCGCUGCUGUUCGGUGUACUGAUGGGGCAUACCACCUACCUACCCCCUAGCACAUUCUCUUACCUGUUCCCUUCUUACAAACGCCUGGAACUUAUUACCCAGUGGUUCGAGGCGUGUACCAUGUGUCUCAACGAGGGCAACUGGAUGCGUUCACAUAGCCUAUAUGCUGUGCAAUGCGUCGCCGUCAUCACCUCGGCCGCAAACCAUAUCGGAAAGGCCGAUCUCUACUUUACCCUACUGGGUUCAGCUGUGCGUAUUGCCCAGUCACUCCGUCUCCAUCAGCUUGGUCCGGACUCGGAGGUGACGUAUCGGUCCAAGAACCCAAGAGUCAUCAUCGAGAGGGAGGUGAGGAAGCGGACAUGGUAUCAGCUUGUCUACCAAGAUGCGUUUCAUGUUGCAUUCAACGGAGCUUGCUCCGUCAAUCGCGCUCAAUUCAACACUGCACCACCCCUGCAUGUCAUAGAAAACAAGCUCGAGUUGGGAGUGGAGGAGGCUGAAGUCUCAUACGACAUUCCCACUACCGACUCGCAUGUCUGCCAGCUCUACAAACUCGCACUGCAGGUUAACAGAGCAUACUCGUCCACAGACCACAUGUCGCCCAUGUCUUAUGAGGCGCUUUUGGAGAUUGACCACGACCUCCACACGGUUCAGGAAGAAGCUCCAGAAUGGAUGAGGGAUGAAAAGUUUGUUCUUGGGCCCAAUGCGCCGGCGUGGGCCGAUUGGCAACGAAAGGCAUACAUUCUCUCUGCAGCUCACAAGGUCAUUGUGCUUCACCGACCGUUCCUUGGUCGCGCAUUCCGUGGCGACCCGCGGUAUGCUCGUUCUCGUGCAACCGUGCUCGUCCACGCCGUCGCAGCAUGUCUCAUUCUCCUCCUUGACGAAUCCCAUCGUACCGAUUAUCUGUCAGUGGUCAAGGCCACCACAACUGUGCGCGAGACGCUGGUCAUCCUGCACGAUCUGGCCGACUUUUCCAUAAUUGCCAAGAAGGGAUACCUCGUGAUCUCUCCCUUGAUCGAGGACUCCGCGCAGCUCACCGACGCCGGUUCCGUAGUGACGGUCAAGGACCGAAACGACUUCCUCGGCCGAACCGAGGGCGAGCUCAAGCGCGCUCUCGACAUGUUCCGCCGCGGAGAUCAGGAUGUUGGUCCACCGCCAGCCCCAGCGUCAGCGUUUGAACCAUAUCGAGCAGCCGGUGCAGCUACUGCACAGACACUGGGAGCCAUGGUAGGGACGGGUGGCGGCGAGUUGCUGGUGCCACCAUUCCGACCCGCAGCUGCCGGGACGCACCUGGAGCCCGGCGCUCUGGCCGAGGUCUGGGACCCGUUCUUGUGGACCUCGCAGGUUAAUCUGGAGUCGCUUGAGCUGGACUUGGAUGCGGUAGACUGGGAUAACUUCUGA